AUCAAUUAAACAAUUUUACUUAUUCCAUAGAAAAAUCAAAGGAUCGGAUAAUAUAGAUUUGUCAAGAAUAGUCAAAAUUAGUAACCUAUUUAAAAUUGAAAAAAUUAAUACCUUUAAUCUUCUACUAAAGCAUGAAAAAUGUUUUCCUCGAGUUACAACAAAAAAAUUAAUCUCACUGGCAAUAAUGUAUCCAACUCCAACCCUCAUCAUAUUUAAACUCCUCCUAUUCAAACUUCUUCUUGUCAUCCCAAUGGCAACAUCCCAAUCCCUCUCGAAUGGUGACGAUCACGAGUCGUCGUCGCUCUUCUGCGAAAGCUGGCGGUUUUCCGUAGAAGCAAACAAUGCCGGAAAUUGGUCGGCUGUACCCGAUCGUUGUUUAGAAUUUGUGAAAGACUACAUGACCGGUGAUCGUUACAAGUCGGAUUUCGGUCUUACUGCGAAGAACACGUUGGAGUUUGCUAAAUCAGUGGAUAUAGCCGAAGAUGGGAAGGAUGCUUGGAUCUUUGAUGUUGAUGAGACCCUUAUUUCUUUCUUGCCUUACUAUGAAUCUCAUGGAUUUGGGAAAACCGACCAAAAAGAGUUUGUAAAAUGGGGGUUGCGGAACAAACUACCUGCCUUGCAGGCAAGUUUGAGUCUAUACAAAGAAAUCCAUCAACUCGGGUUCAAAAUCUUCCUCUUGACGGGCAGGCCAGAAUGGUUUAGAAACUUCACUACAACAAAUUUAGCCGAGGCCGGAUACAGUGAUUGGGAAAGAUUGAUUUUAAGGCAGCCUUCUGAUGAAAACAAAAAAGCAAUUGAUUACAAACCCGAAAAACGGAAGCAACUAUUAGAUGAAGGUUACAGAAUCAUUGGCAAUGUUGGAGAUCAAUGGAGUGACUUGAUGGGAUAUCCGAUUGCACAACGAUCAUUUAAAUACCCUAAUCUAAUGUACUAUGUUGCAUGAUUAUUAUGUUCUUGCACCAUUUAAAUGUGCUCUCACUUCCUAUUUACAUUGUCAUCUAUAUAUUAAACUAUCAAUAA